UCACCCGCUUUCCAUCACCCCGCCCCAUUCUCCCUCCUUCCAUCACCCCGCCCCAUUUUCCCUCCUUCCAUCACCCCGCCCCAUUCUCCCGCUUUCCAUCACCCCGCCCCAUUCUCCCGCUUUCCAUCACCCCGCCCCAUUCUCCCGCUUUCCAUCACCCCGCCCCAUUCUCCCGCUUUCCAUCACCCCACCCCAUUCUCCCGCUUUCCAUCACCCCGCCCCAUUCUCCCUCCUUCCAUCACCCCGCCCCAUUCUCCCGCUUUCCAUCACCCCGCCCCAUUUUCCCUCCUUCCAUCACCCCGCCCCAUUCUCCCUCUUUCCAUCACCCCGCCCCAUUCUCCCGCUUUCCAUCACCCCACCCCAUUCUCCCGCUUUCCAUCACCCCGCCCCAUUCUCCCUCCUUCCAUCACCCCGCCCCAUUCUCCCGCUUUCCAUCACCCCGCCCCAUUCUCCCGCUUUCCAUCACCCCGCCCCAUUCUCCCGCUUUCCAUCACCCCGCCCCAUUCUCCCGCUUUCCAUCACCCCGCCCCAUUCUCCAUCCUUCCAUCACCCCGCCCCAUUCUCCCUCCUUCCAUCUCCCCGCCCCAUUCUCCCUCCUUCCAUCUCCCCGCCCCAUUCUCCCUCCUUCCAUCAACCCGCCCCAUUCUCCCGCUUUCCAUCACCCCGCCCCAUUCUCCCGCUUUCCAUCACCCCGCCCCAUUCUCCCGCUUUCCAUCACCCCGCCCCAUUCUCCCGCUUUCCAUCACCCCGCCCCAUUCUCCCUCCUUCCAUCACCCCGCCCCAUUUUCCCUCCUUCCAUCACCCCGCCCCAUUCUCCCGCUUUCCAUCACCCCGCCCCAUUCUCCCGCUUUCCAUCACCCCGCCCCAUUCUCCCGCUUUCCAUCACCCCGCCCCAUUCUCCCGCUUUCCAUCACCCCGCCCCAUUCUCCCGCUUUCCAUCACCCCGCCCCAUUCUCCCGCUUUCCAUCACCCCGCCCCAUUCUCCCGCUUUCCAUCACCCCGCCCCAUUCUCCCGCUUUCCAUCACCCCACUCCAUUCUCCCGCUUUCCAUCACCCCGCCCCAUUCUCCCGCUUUCCAUCACCCCGCCCCAUUCUCCCGCUUUCCAUCACCCCGCCCCAUUCUCCCGCUUUCCAUCACCCCGCCCCAUUUUCCCUCCUUCCAUCACCCCGCCCCAUUCUCCCUCUUUCCAUCACCCCGCCCCAUUCUCCCGCUUUCCAUCACCCCACCCCAUUCUCCCGCUUUCCAUCACCCCGCCCCAUUCUCCCUCCUUCCAUCACCCCGCCCCAUUCUCCCUCCUUCCAUCACCCCGCCCCAUUCUCCCGCUUUCCAUCACCCCGCCCCAUUCUCCCGCUUUCCAUCACCCCGCCCCAUUCUCCCGCUUUCCAUCGCCCCGCCCCAUUCUCCCGCUUUCCAUCACCCCGCCCCAUUCUCCUGCUUUCCAUCACCCCGCCCCAUUCUCCCGCUUUCCAUCACCCCGCCCCAUUCUCCCGCUUUCCAUCACCCCACCCCAUUCUCCCGCUUUCCAUCACCCCGCCCCAUUCUCCCGCUUUCCAUCACCCCGCCCCAUUCUCCCGCUUUCCAUCACCCCGCCCCAUUCUCCCGCUUUCCAUCACCCCGCCCCAUUCUCCCGCUUUCCAUCACCCCACCCCAUUCUCCCGCUUACCAUCACCCUGCCCCAUUCUCCCGCUUUCUAUGGCCCCGCCCCAUUCUCCCGCUUUCCAUCACCCCGCCCCAUUCUCCCGCUUUCCAUCACCCCGCCCCAUUCUCCCGCUUUCCACCCCGCCCCAUUCUCCCUCCUUCCAUCACCCCACCCCAUUUUCCCUCCUUCCAUCACCCCGCCCCAUUCUCCCGCUUUCCAUCACCCCGCCCCAUUCUCCCGCUUUCCAUCACCCCGCCCCAUUCUCCCGCUUUCCAUCUCCCCGCCCCAGUCUCCCGCUUUCCAUCACCCCGCCCCAUUCUCCCGCUUUCCAUCACCCCGCCCCAUUCUCCCGCUUUCCAUCACCCCGCCCCAUUCUCCAUCCUUCCAUCACCCCGCCCCAUUCUCCCUCCUUCCAUCUCCCCGCCCCAUUCUCCCUCCUUCCAUCAACCCGCCCCAUUCUCCCGCUUUCCAUCACCCCGCCCCAUUCUCCCGCUUUCCAUCACCCCGCCCCAUUCUCCCGCUUUCCAUCACCCCGCCCCAUUCUCCCGCUUUCCAUCACCCCGCCCCAUUCUCCCGCUUUCCAUCACCCCGCCCCAUUCUCCCGCUUUCCAUCACCCCGCCCCAUUCUCCCGCUUUCCAUCACCCCGCCCCAUUCUCCAUCCUUCCAUCACCCCGCCCCAUUCUCCCUCCUUCCAUCUCCCCGCCCCAUUCUCCCUCCUUCCAUCUCCCUGCCCCAUUCUCCCUCCUUCCAUCAACCCGCCCCAUUCUCCCGCUUUCCAUCACCCCGCCCCAUUCUCCCGCUUUCCAUCACCCCGCCCCAUUCUCCCGCUUUCCAUCACCCCGCCCCAUUCUCCCGCUUUCCAUCACCCCGCCCCAUUCUCCCUCCUUCCAUCACCCCGCCCCAUUCUCCCGCUUUCCAUCACGCCGCCCGAUUCGCCCUCUUUCCAUCACCCCGCCCCAUUCUCCCUCCUUCCAUCACCCCGCCCCAUUCUCCCGCUUUCCAUCACCCCACCCCAUUCUCCCGCUUUCCAUCACCCCGCUCCAUUCUCCCGCUUUCCAUCACCCCGCCCCAUUCGCCCGCUUUCCAUAAACCCGCCCCAUUCUCCCGCUUUCCAUCACCCCACCCCAUUCUCCCGCUUUCGAUCACCCUGCCCCAUUCUCCCGCUUUCCAUCACCCCGCCCCAUUCUCCCUCCUUCCAUCACCCCGCCCCAUUUUCCCUCCUUCCAUCACCCCGCCCCAUUCUCCCGCUUUCCAUCACCCCGCCCCAUUCUCCCGCUUUCCAUCACCCCGCCCCAUUCUCCCGCUUUCCAUCACCCCGCCCCAUUCUCCCGCUUUCCAUCACCCCGCCCCAUUCUCCCGCUUUCCAUCACCCCGCCCCAUUCUCCCGCAUUCCAUCACCCCGCCCCAUUCUCCCUCCUUCCAUCACCACGCCCCAUUCUCCCGCUUUCCAUCACCCCGCCCCAUUCUCCCGCUUUCCAUCACCCCGCCCCAUUCUCCCGCUUUCCAUCACCCCGCCACAUUCUCCCGCUUUCCAUCACCCCGCCCCAUUCUCCCGCUUUCCAUCACCCCGCCCCAUUCUCCAUCCUUCCAUCACCCCGCCCCAUUCUCCCUCCUUCCAUCUCCCCGCCCCAUUCUCCCUCCUUCCAUCUCCCCGCCCCAUUCUCCCUCCUUCCAUCAACCCGCCCCAUUCUCCCGCUUUCCAUCACCCCGCCCCAUUCUCCCGCUUUCCAUCACCCCGCCCCAUUCUCCCGCUUUCCAUCACCCCGCCCCAUUCUCCCGCUUUCCAUCACCCCGCCCCAUUCUCCCGCUUUCCAUCACCCCGCCCCAUUCUCCCGCUUUCCAUCACCCCGCCCCAUUCUCCCGCUUUCCAUCACCCCGCCCCAUUUUCCCUCCUUCCAUCACCCCGCCCCAUUCUCCCUCUUUCCAUCACCCCGCCCCAUUCUCCCGCUUUCCAUCACCCCGCCCCAUUCUCCCGCUUUCCAUCACCCCGCCCCAUUCUCCCUCCUUCCAUCACCCCGCCCCAUUCUCCCUCCUUCCAUCACCCCGCCCCAUUUUCCCGCUUUCCAUCACCCCGCCCCAUUCUCCCGCUUUCCAUCACCCCGCCCCAUUCUCCCGCUUUCCAUCACCCCGCCCCAUUCUCCCGCUUUCCAUCACCCCGCCCCAUUCUCCCGCUUUCCAUCACCCCGCCCCAUUCUCCCGCUUUCCAUCACCCCGCCCCAUUCUCCCGCUUUCCAUCACCCCGCCCCAUUCUCCCGCUUUCCAUCACCCCGCCCCAUUCUCCCGCUUUCCAUCACCCCGCCCCAUUCUCCCGCUUUCCAUCACCCAACCCCAUUCUCCCGCUUUCCAUCACCCCGCCCCAUUCUCCCGCUUUCCAUCACCCCGCCCCAUUCUCCCGCUUUCCAUCACCCCGCCCCAUUCUCCCGCUUUCCAUCACCCCACCCCAUUCUCCCGCUUUCUAUGGCCCCGCCCCAUUCUCCCGCUUUCUAUGGCCCCGCCCCAUUCUCCCGCUUUCCAUCACCCCGCCCCAUUCUCCCGCUUUCCAUCACCCCGCCCCAUUCUCCCGCUUUCCACCCCGCCCCAUUCUCCCUCCUUCCAUCACCCCACCCCAUUUUCCCUCCUUCCAUCACCCCGCCCCAUUCUCCCGCUUUCCAUCACCCCGCCCCAUUCUCCCGCUUUCCAUCACCCCGCCCCAUUCUCCCGCUUUCCAUCACCCCGCCCCAUUCUCCCGCUUUCCAUCACCCCGCCCCAUUCUCCCGCUUUCCAUCACCCCACCCCAUUCUCCCGCUUUCCAUCACCCCGCCCCAUUCUCCAUCCUUCCAUCACCCCGCCCCAUUCUCCCUCCUUCCAUCUCCCCGCCCCAUUCUCCCUCCUUCCAUCUCCCCGCCCCAUUCUCCCUCCUUCCAUCAACCCGCCCCAUUCUCCCGCUUUCCAUCACCCCGCCCCAUUCUCCCGCUUUCCAUCACCCCGCCCCAUUCUCCCGCUUUCCAUCACCCCGCCCCAUUCUCCCGCUUUCCAUCACCCCGCCCCAUUCUCCCUCCUUCCAUCACCCCGCCCCAUUCUCCCGCUUUCCAUCACGCCGCCCGAUUCGCCCGCUUUCCAUCACCCCGCCCCAUUCUCCCUCCUUCCAUCACCCCGCCCCAUUCUCCCGCUUUCCAUCACCCCACCCCAUUCUCCCGCUUUCCAUCACCCCGCCCCAUUCUCCCGCUUUCCAUCACCCCGCCCCAUUCGCCCGCUUUCCAUAAACCCGCCCCAUUCUCCCGCUUUCCAUCACCCCACCCCAUUCUCCCGCUUUCGAUCACCCUGCCCCAUUCUCCCGCUUUCCAUCACCCCGCCCCAUUCUCCCUCCUUCCAUCACCCCGCCCCAUUUUCCCUCCUUCCAUCACCCCGCCCCAUUCUCCCGCUUUCCAUCACCCCGCCCCAUUCUCCCGCUUUCCAUCACCCCGCCCCAUUCUCCCGCUUUCCAUCACCCCGCCCCAUUCUCCCGCUUUCCAUCACCCCGCCCCAUUCUCCCGCUUUCCAUCACCCCGCCCCAUUCUCCCGCUUUCCAUCACCCCGCCCCAUUCUCCCGCUUUCCAUCACCCCGCCCCAUUCUCCCGCUUUCCAUCACCCCGCCCCAUUCUCCCGCUUUCCAUCACCCCGCCCCAUUCUCCCGCUUUCCAUCACCCCGCCCCAUUCUCCCGCUUUCCAUCACCCCGCCCCAUUUCUCCCGCUUUCCAUCACCCCGCCCCAUUUUCCCUCCUUCCAUCACCCCGCCCCAUUUUCCCUCUUUCCAUCACCCCGCCCCAUUCUCCCGCUUUCCAUCACCCCACCCCAUUCUCCCGCUUUCCAUCACCCCGCCCCAUUCUCCCUCCUUCCAUCACCCCGCCCCAUUCUCCCGCUUUCCAUCACCCCGCCCCAUUCUCCCGCUUUCCAUCACCCCGCCCCAUUCUCCCGCUUUCCAUCACCCCGCCCCAUUCUCCCACUUUCCAUCACCCCGCCCCAUUCUCCCGCUUUCCAUCACCCCGCCCCAUUCUCCCGCUUUCCAUCACCCCGCCCCAUUCUCCCGCUUUCCAUCACCCCGCCCCAUUCUCCCGCUUUCCAUCACCCCGCCCCAUUCUCCCGCUUUCCAUCACCCCGCCCCAUUCUCCCGCUUUCCAUCACCCCGCCCCAUUCUCCCGCUUUCCAUCACCCCGCCCCAUUCUCCCGCUUUCCAUCACCCCGCCCCAUUCUCCCGCUUUCCAUCACCCCGCCCCAUUCUCCCGCUUUCCAUCACCCCGCCCCAUUCUCCCGCUUUCCAUCACACCGCCCCAUUCUCCCGCUUUCCAUCACCCCGCCCCAUUCUCCCGCUUUCCAUCACCCCGCCCCAUUCUCCCGCUUUCCAUCACCCCGCCCCAUUCUCCCGCUUUCCAUCACCCCGCCCCAUUCUCCCGCUUUUCAUCACCCCGCCCCAUUCUCCCGCUUUCCAUCACCCCGCCCCAUUCUCCCUCCUUCCAUCACCCCGCCCCAUUCUCCCUCCUUCCAUCUCCCCGCCCCAUUCUCCCGCUUUCCAUCACCCCGCCCCAUUCUCCCUACUUCCAUCACCCCGCCCCAUUCUCCCGCUUUCCAUCACCCCGCCCCAUUCUCCCGCUUUCCAUCACCCCGCCCCAUUCUCCCGCUUUCCAUCACCCCGCCCCAUUCUCCCGCUUUCCAUCACCCCGCCCCAUUCUCCCGCUUUCCAUCACCCCGCCCCAUUUUCCCUCCUUCCAUCACCCCGCCCCAUUCUCCCUCUUUCCAUCACCCCGCCCCAUUCUCCCGCUUUCCAUCACCCCGCCCCAUUCUCCCGCUUUCCAUCACCCCGCCCCAUUCUCCCUCCUUCCAUCACCCCGCCCCAUUCUCCCUCCUUCCAUCACCCCGCCCCAUUUUCCCGCUUUCCAUCACCCCGCCCCAUUCUCCCGCUUUCCAUCACCCCGCCCCAUUCUCCCGCUUUCCAUCACCCCGCCCCAUUCUCCCGCUUUCCAUCACCCCGCCCCAUUCUCCUGCUUUCCAUCACCCCACCCCAUUCUCCCGCUUUCCAUCACCCCGCCCCAUUCUCCCGCUUUCCAUCACCCCGCCCCAUUCGCCCGCUUUCCAUAAACCCGCCCCAUUCUCCCGCUUUCCAUCACCCAUAUAG